AUGUCUUCUCCUUGCAUUUCUCGAAGACGGUCACCCUCGGUGAGGGAGAGAUCCCACGCAUUGAGGACAUCGGGACGGUCGCCGGCAGGCAAGGCGGACCUGGUUGCCGGACAGGCGUCUUCAAGAUUGCCCACGGAUUGGGUGAGGCCCAGCACUGCAGGAAUAUGGCCCGGAGCGGUGGAACGCUUGGGGCAGGACAUCCACAGUCGGUCGGCAACCCCACAGCCUUUGGUGGCAAUGGGUGCGCAAG